AUACAUACUUUUGAACACAGCUAUCGUCUACUUUUCAUCGUUCUCGUCGCUCUCUGCAUUUUUCUCGUGUAGAGGCGGCCGUCGCAUUUCAAUUUGUUGAAAUAGUUCAUUCAUUUUAAAUAUAUUUAGUAUUCAGUAAUAGUGAUAGGAAGUAAUGGACAACCGCUACAUUGACUACUUUUUGAUCUUGGUGUCCUGCUUUUUGCUUUUCUUUUACAUCCCAAUGGAAUUUGGCAGCAAAAAUCACGAAGGAAAGUUUCUAAGUUAUAUUGAAAAGUAUAAUAAAUCCUAUGAAAAAGGGAGUGAUCUUUACACCAAGAAGCUGGCUGUAUUUAAAGAGUCGCUGGACCGGGCCGAGCGGCUGAACGCGGCCGGCGCCGCAGACGCCGAGUACGGCGUCAGCCCGUUCUCGGACCUCACGCCGGAGGAGUUCCGCCGCAAACACCUGUCGGGCCGCUUUCUGGGCGGCUCGCGCGCCGGCCGGCGGCCGCUGCUGGCGGCCGCUGCCCGGCCGCGCCGCCCGGGCCCGCUGCGUCUGCCGGCAGGCCUGCCCGCCCGCGUGGACUGGCGAGAGCGCGGUGUGGUGACCUCGGUGAGAAAUCAGGCCGAUUGCGGCGCCUGCUGGGCCUUCAGCACCGUGGAGGUGCUCGAGUCAAUGAACGCGCUGCGCACCGGCAACCUGACCCGGCUCAGCGUCCAGCAGCUGAUCGACUGUUCGACCAACAACCUGGGCUGCACGGGCGGCGACGUGUGCUGGGCGCUCGAGUGGAUGGCGGAAAACGGCGUGGUGCCCGACAAACAGUACCCGCUGAAACUGAAGGACCAGGCCUGCGUGCUGAGGAGCACGGCGGGCGGUGUGCGUCUCAAGUCGUACCGGUGCGCGGCCAUGGUGGGCGACGAGGAGGGCAUCCUGCGCCUGCUCGCCAUACAGGGACCGGUGGCCGUCGGAGCCGACGCUACCAGCUGGCAGGACUACGUCGGUGGAAUUAUCCGGUUCAACUGCGAGCGCGAGCUGAACCACGCCGUGCAGAUUGUCGGCUACGACAUGACGGGCGCGGUGCCGUACUACAUCGUCCGCAACUCGUGGGGCACAGAGUUCGGCCUGGACGGCUAUCUGCACGUGGCUGUCGGCAGCGACCUCUGCGGUCUGUCGGAGGAGGUGGGCUCGAUCCUGGUCUGAGGCCCGCGCCGUCAGACAGACUGUCUCAGCCCUCGCCGCGCCGGGCGGAUGAAGCCGACGCUGUACUGCAGGGCUACCGGCGCGGUGCAGCUCCUGCCACAGCGCAGUAGCGUCAGACGAAGAGGAAGCAGCAGCCUAGGGUGAUAUGUAGUCUUCCAGUUGCUGUGGCGGAGCGGUAUUUUAUCGGGAGGAGGGCGACAUUACUUGCUGCAGUUGCAAUACUUAUCAUCACAGCUGAUAUUGUGCCAAUUAUAGGGCAGAGUACCUAGCCUCAAUCUUACAGAACUAAAUAGGGUGUUUAUUAUGGUUGUGUAAUGUGUAUGCAUUCCCUCUGUUAAAACUUUCAAUGGCAUUGUUUUUCGCUAGCAGUUAUUUUAGGGACAAAUACUGAGGUCUUUGGGCUUUCAUGGUAUUCCCAGUUGAGAACUGUACUCAGUGCUGUCACAUUUUCUGUGUACUUAUACUUAUCACAACUCAUCAGCAAUAACAGGUACCUAAUACUGAAUAUGACAGGGUCUGGGCAUGUACACCUAGCGUGCAAUUGAGCUACCUAGCCAUUCAGAACAUAGUGGUGCAUAAUGUAAGCCAUUUGCAACUAUUGUAUGUUUGUAAUGUGUUGAGUGGGGCAUGAUCAGUCUUCACUUCAUCUGCGGUAAUCCUUUUUGUAUACACAGUCGUAGCUACCUGGUAUCUGCAGCAAUACUUAAUCAUGGGUACUGUGUCAAUUAUCGUCAUUAUGGAAGCAGUGCGAUAGACGUGCAAUCCUUACCGUUAACUAAGCAGUGUGUUUUGUGGCAGGGUACAAAAGCGUACACCGAUUUUCACAUCUACUCACCACAACUUCCUUAAGAAUUGUGAAGCCAUAUGCUCGUAAUACUUCAUGUAUGUAGGUACUCUUAUAUGAAAGAAGCAAUGAUAUGCUAUACUUCAAUUAUGUCACCGAUUCAUUCGUUACGGGAGUUUACAGUUGUAUGGCACUUAAACGGUUUGAAUAACUACCGAGUUAUUGAGAAUGUGAUCAGGUAAAGCGCUUGGCCAGAAAACGGUAUGAUUUGGUUGUUUUGUGUUUGGCAUACAAUGCACAUUAGAAGGUGCGUUUCGUAUUUGGCGGCAUGGAUUUGGAACAUCAUUGUUUUUUAGGGUGCGCUGUUUAGCAGGAAGUCUUUUGUUACGGAUAAUUUCUCACUUCUCAGCUAUGUCCGGUGACUUAGUUGCGCUUUCCUUCACGGUGGAUGAUUGACAAUGUAGUGCCUUUGUCAUGAAAAUCAAAUGCUCAUUUCCUCUUCUAAAACCGCCAGCCAGGACACGAAACAUCGAUUUAUUGAACGCAUGUACUUUCAUCGACAUUGUAUCAUUUCGCUGCUGUUUAGGGUGUCGUGUUUAUCGCGUUCCAUACCGUGUAGUUUGUCGCUCUUGUCACCUAGCUGUCUCUCUGUGCCUGCCCGGCUAUCGUAUGCGGCCCGUCAAUAGUUGAGGCUGUGAACGCUAUUUGGGACCAAUGCGAGCUUGCGAUAUAACACUACCGUAACUAGGGAGGAAUCUUUAUUAAUAACAUCGGUAGUCAAAGGACGCGAGUCCACCGGCAUGGCGAUCGUAUCGGGGGUGAUUGACAUGCCGUAUAAUUAAGGCAAAACCCAUUAUGUUUGGGUGACCUCUGACCCUUAGGUCAGAGGUCACCCAAAUGGCCUCUGACCCAACAUAGUGGUUUUUGCCUUUGCACGGCAAUUUGCUUGUCGAGUUCUUUUCGCGAGUGGUGCGUUCUGGGGCUGUAUGUUGUAUUUCAUAUGAACUCGUGGGCGGGCCAUGACUGGUAGCUGUCAAAUGUAAUGCGAUGUUAGGACUUAGGUGACAUUCACAUAGUCAUAGGGUUGAGGACGGUCUUCCUUUUUAUACUGGUAUGUUACGCGUUCCUAAUUUUGGUGGGAUACGUCGUGUGUUGUCUUCUAUCGGGAACGGGGUUUACCAAUAAACCUCUCUUUUGUCAGCAUCUUUGUGAUGCUCGUGCCUUUCCAUAACCUUGUCUCAUACGUAUCAUGUAUCGCAAUACAUAUCAGCAAUCCCUUC